AGGCAUCGGGCCACAGGGGACGAAGCGGCGGGCACCGAGUCACCAGGCACGACAGUGGGCACCGAGUCGUCUGGCAAGACUGCGGGCACCGAGUCAACUGGCGGAACAGCGGGCAUCGAGUCAACUGGCGGAACAGCGGGCACCGAGUCGUCUGGCAAGACUGCGGGCACCGAGUCGUCUGGCAAGACUGCGGGCAUCGAGUCAACUGGCAAGACUGCGAGCAUCGAGUCAACUGGCAAGACUGCGGGCAAAGCGAGUCAACUGGCGGAACAGCAUGGCAUCGAGUCAACUGGCGGAACAGCAGGCACCGAGUCGUCUGGCAAGACUGCGGGCACCGAGUCGUCUGGCAAGAUGCGGGCAUCGAGUCAACUGGCAAGACUGCGGGCAUCGAGUCAACUGGCAAAGACUGAGUCUCAAACUGGCAUCGAGUCAACUGGCAAGACUGCGGGCACC